GAGAUUAGACUCAGGAGACGACCUUGGUAAUACCCGGCUGUCUCUGUUUUACGCGCAUCUGAGGCCAACUGGACACGUGCGAAAAGGUGGCUCCGUCCUUUUUGCUGCGGGCGGGCCUCUCUCGGAGGCUGCUGUGCGGCUUCCUGCGGGGAUCCACUCCCACGGUAGCGCGCCGUGGACUCCGGGAGACGCUCCUCAAGAGGACAUGCGCGGCCGACUCCUCCUCCCGGCGCCCGACCGGCCUGGGAUGCGGGCUUCCCCGGGGCGCGACGGCGACGGGGGGUAACCAAGGAAGGGCUGACAUGGAGGAGAGUUUUCUGUUCCCCGAGUACGUCCUGGAUUCGGAGCCCGCAGCGACCCUCCAAGACCAGCUGCGGGAGCUGCAGCAGCGGCAGGAGGAGGAGGAGCGGCGGGUGCUGCAGCGGCGGGAGGAGCGGCGGCAGCAGAAGCUACGCGCCGGCCGGCGGGUGCACCCGGUCGUGGGGCACCCGGACCCGACGGUGCCGCCCAGCGGCCUGAACUGCUCGGGUUGCGGGGCGGAGCUGCACUGCCAGGACCCCGGCGUGCCCGGCUACCUGCCCAGCGAGAAGUUCCUCAGCGCGGCGGCGCAGGAGGACGGCGGGCUGGCACGGACCGUGUGCCAGCGCUGCUGGCUGCUGGUGCAUCACCGGCGCGCCCUGCGCCUGCAGGUGAGCCGUGAGCAGUACCUGGAGCUGGUGAGCGCCGCGCUGCGGCGGCCCGAGCCCGCCCUCGUGCUGUACAUGGUGGACCUGCUUGCUCUGCCCGACGCCCUGCUGCCCCACCUGCCUGCGCUGGUGGGCCCCAAGCAGCUGAUCGUGCUGGGAAACAAGGUGGACCUGCUGCCGCAGGACACUCCCAGCUACCGGCAGCGGCUCCGGGAGCGACUGUGGGACGACUGUGCCCGCGCUGGGCUCCUGCCGCCCCCUGGCUACCGGAGGCCACAGCACCCCAGCGGGGCCCGGCCACCGGACGGGGAGGAGAAUGCGAAUCCUUCGCCCAAGUCCCGCACGGUGCUCAGAGACGUGCGGCUCAUCAGUGCCAAGACUGGCUUUGGAGUCGAGGAGUUAAUCUCCGCGCUCCAGCGUUCCUGGCGCUACCGCGGCGACGUCUUCCUGGUUGGCGCUACCAACGCUGGCAAGUCCACUCUGUUCAACACGCUCCUGGAGUCCGAUUACUGCAUCGCCAAGGGCGCUGAGGCUAUCGACAGGGCUACCAUCUCCUCUUGGCCUGGUGAGCUUUCGGGCGCCCGUCCCCUUCGUUUUCUGAGAAGCUGGAAGUCUGAUCGUGGUCCAGGCAUCUAGUCCUAUAUCCUUCCUUACUGUCCACCAGGGGCUGGCUGGAAGCUUCCCUUUAAAAAUUCUCUACCUACUUUGGUCACAUUUCUCUUGUGUCAGUUUAGUGCUUGAAAAUUCAGUAUAUGUUGUAGCAACUAUUUCCAAUAGAAAUAAUGAGCGUACUUCUAUGUACCAGUCGCUGUUCUAGGCACUGCAAAAUAAUCAGGGGACAAAGCAGUGUCUGCUCUCUUGGAGGUUUCCCUGGUAGCUUUAGUUCUUUGUAUGUAUCUCCGGAAAAAUCCUUCUUUUACUUUUUACACCUCCCUCCACCCCUGAGUCUUUCUCUUAAUAUCUUGAGUUUACUCAUGAGAAUACUAUAGAUUUAACAUUUGAAUAAAUCACUAAUGCAAUAUGUGUGGCUUUGUUGAGAAGAAAUGUCAAAUAUGUGGCUUUAGGAAACGUCUGUAGUAAUUGAAAAGUGGGUGCUUCUAUGACCUUAUUUGUUUUAACAGCUGGCAAAACUAAAUACCUCAUUUGUUCCUUUGAAAGCAGUAUUUAACUUUGAAAAGCAGUUUUUCUCUGUAGAAAACUUUGGUUGACUUAUACACACAAGCGAUUUUAUACUGGUUGGUAGUUUUUUAUUGUAUAAAAUAAGGUCCUUUUUCCUUUCUUAAGGGAAAUCAGUCACCUUGGUUUACAGUUAUGGUUUCCAACUUCCUUCCCCUUCACAUUACUUCGUUAGACAGGGCGGACACUGUAUAUCUGAAGCACACACAUCAUGUAUUACUCAAGGUGAGGCAACAUGCUUUGAUGGUUAACACAAUAGUCCCACCGCCCUGCUAAAAAAAAAAGCUUUUGUUGGACAGAACCAACUUUGUUAGUGCUCAGCUAGCUCUCCCCUGACCUUGUUCACCUUGAGGAUUUUGGCUAUAAAGUGAGGUGGGCUCUUAUAGAAACGAGAUGUUGGAUUGGACUGACUCUAGAAUAAUGACAGAGGUCGGUUUUCUCUAGGUAACACUGUCCAAUAAUACAGUAGCUACAUGUGGCUAUUUAAAUAAAUUAAAAUUAAAUAAACUUUAAAAUUUAGUUAUUCACUUGCACUAGCCACUUUGCAACUGCCCAGCAGCCGCAUCAAUGCAGAAAGUUGUACUGGAUAAUGUGAGUGAGGAGAAGUUACAGAUUUUCUCACAACUGGGAGAUGCUACUGGCAUCUAGUGGGUGGAGGCCAGAGGUGAUGCUAAACGUAAUGCAAUGCACAGGACAGCCCCUCACAACACAGAAUUAUCUGGUCCAAAAUGUGAGUAGUGCUGAGUUGAGAAGCCCUUGUUUGGGUGGAAAAGCUUCCUUCCAAGUUUUUAAUCCCAGACACUCAGAAAUUAUCGUACCUCUUCGCUCCUGCUUUAUUUGCUCCUUCCUUUGACAUGUUGAGCAGUGUGUUUAAAAUUUUCCUAACCUUUAAAAAACAAAACUCAGUGUCCGCAGAUGUAGAGAACAAACAUAUGGACACCAAGUGGGGAAAGCGAGGAGGGUUGGGGGGGGGAUGAAUUGGGAGAUUGGGAUACCAAACUGUGCACUCUAA